AUGCUCGAUCUUCGCAAUCGCGAUGGGUAUGCUGACAAAGCAACAGAUCACGCAUUUGGUGAUGAGAUCAACCCUUCUUUGCUUGUUUUGAAAUAUUUGGUUUACUUGGAUUUGAGCAUGAAUAACUUUGGAGGGUUGCUUUAUCUUGAUCCUAGUAAUAACGUUGUUGAACCAAUUGAGAAUGACCUUCAUUGGCUUGCAACUCUUUCUUCCUUAAAAUACCUUAACUUGGAAGGAGUGAACCUUGCUAAGACUACAUCCUAUUGGCUUCCCACUGUUAAUAUGCUCCCUUCAUUUGUUGAAUUGCAUUUGCCCUCUUGUAGACUUCCCAUGCUACCUCUCACUCUUCCUUCCAUCAAUUUCACAUCCCUUUUAGUUCUUGAUCUCUCUGACAAUAAAUUCACCUCCACGAUACCUCCUUGGUUGUUCAAUCUCACUGAACUAGAGAUGUUGGAUUUGACAGAUAACAAUCUAACAGGAAAACUGCCUGAUUCUUUGGGAUAUCUUAAAAGCUUGAGAUACCUCGACUUGUCGUAUAACUCAUUUCAGGGUUCAAUCCCAAAAUCAAUUGGAAAUUUAACAUCUUUGGAGGAGUUUGACCUUGCAUGGAAUCAAAUGAGUGGGAUCAUCCCAGAAAGUCUUGGGAAGCUCUCAUCGCUGGUUUCACUUGAUAUCUAUGGCAACCAACACAUGGGAAGGUGCCAUUAUAGAAGCUCAUUUCGCGAAACUUGGAGGCCUGAGAAGAGUAUCGAUUGUGUUUACACCCAAAAUGAACAUCCAAUGAGAACAAGACACGUGGAAGAAAUCGUGCCUGGUCAGAGAUGCCUUCGACAUCCUACCUCCCGAUCGUUCCAUUAG